AUGUCAAAGUGGAAUAAGUUGCCAAUAGAAGUCCUCAGCUUGGUAUUUAACAAUGACAACUUUACCAGGAAGGACUAUUACCAAUGCCUAUUAGUCUGUAAGGAGUGGAAGACAUCGUCGGAAAUAUAUCUUUAUAAAAGCGUCGUACUCAGCAAGACAAGACGCUUAUACAAAUUUAUUGCUUGCUUAGAAAGGUCAAGAUUGGGAUCUCUUGUCAAGAAAAUAGAUUUGUUCGACUUGGUGAGCCCAUUGAAUUAUGACGACAUUGAGGGCGUCUUACGAAGAAUAGCAUCACUUUGUCCUAAUGUCGAAUAUCUCACAGCAGCAGAAGAACCUUGCCAUUCGUUCUGGUUGGAUUUGGUUUAUUUAUCAUUUGCUUACUGGAGUAAUUUGAAACAAAUACCAGAUCCAAACGCAAACUUUGUUGAAUAUACACUUUGCACCUUCAACUUUAAAAAUUCCUUACGCCGAAUAGCUAUUCCAAACUGUCAUCCUCAAAGCGUGUGGGGUCAAGACGUUAUUAGGCAUCUAAAAUAUUUUCCACACGUAGACACUGUAGUGAUAAAACACGGUGCACGAGUACUUCGGCUGAUAGAUUAUGAUCCUAUAAUUGAAGAAUGUCCACAGCUAAUAAAUCUGGAAGCGUGUAUAAAAGAGUAUAAAGGAGACGAUGAUCUGCUCGAUUGGGAGGAACAAGACGCUAGUCUCAGUAUACAAUACAGCAUAAACGAACUGAAACCACGACCGAAUGUGAAGCGACUGAAUGUAGAAAUAAACUAUGACCCAUCUCUGCUGAGUUACAUUAUGCAUAAAUUUCCCAAUCUUCAAGAACUACAAAUGAUCAUCCAUGCUGGAGGCACCACUAGACACCAUCACGAGUAUUCAACGGUCGAAAAUAGCAAGUUUUCAGAAUACGUUCUCAAGAUACCGAAACACUCUGUUCGACUCACUUGUUCACCGCAAAAUGCAUGUUCACUGUUGGAAAUGACUCGACCGAAGGAGCUACAGAUGCAGAUGAAAUACAACACAGAGUAUGCAUCUUUUACACCACUUCUAUUUGAAACAACAACGAGACCCUUGACGAUCGAAAUGAACUCAGACAAACCAACUAAACUAAUGUCGGCCUGUUCACUUCAAAGAAGUGUGUUAAAGGAGAUAUGGAAGGGAUGUAAAAACAGUAUAGAGAAAUUACAUUUUUCAACGGGAGCAGAAAUGUAUGAAUAUAUCUCAUUCAAUGACGAAAAGAGCAAAUGGUUAGAAGAUAUAUUACGAAACUGUCAAAAGCUGAAAGCUCUUCAUCUCACCUGCGUCAACCUUGAUCCUCCUGCAUCAGAAGUAGUAAGGAAAAAGCUAAUUAAUCCUUCAGUCGAAAAUCUAUCAUUGAAAAUCAUACGUUACGAACAAAAGGUCCUCACACAGUACCUUUCACUCCUCCCUUCAUUAAAAUCCUUCAAACUGAUUAGCUACAUCCAGAUUAUGGGAAAACGAGACAAUGUAUUUGAUAUCAAAAUACCUCAUGCAGCACUUGAAAAAUUGGACGUCGAUUUAUCCUUUUUUUGGGACAAAAGCUGUUAUCUUUGGAAAUCAUCAUCAAAAGAAUCACCGCAGAACUUGAGGAUCAAGGCUGUGCUCUUGCAUGUAUUCCCGAAAAAAGGCUUAAAGAGAUCCUUUGUUCUGAAAAACCUUCGUGGAAAACUGACAGUAAAGGAAGGCACCAGUUUACCAAAAUCGUCGUAUUCUGUAACGCUUCGUGUAUACUGUAAAUCCUUGCAGAUCAUAUCGACAAGUAUUGGCGCGGUUGAUAUCAAGAACCAUCCUCUUUAUGUGGAGUGA